GUGUCCAAAUUGUUGUUAGCUGGAGACGUUUCUCAUACAACUUUAGCGUUAGCAACAACAAAAUCGGUUUUUGUGGUUCCAACUUGACCGAAAUUUGACCAUAAAUGGGGAGAUAUACGUGUGCCUACAACUGCGACACCUCGAGCGAUCCAGACGUAAAGUUUUUUAAGUUUCCCCUGUACAACCCCCGAAAACUUAAAAAAUGGGUACUGAACAUGAAGUGGAAGGACUGGACGCCGACUCGCUUUUCUGUUCUGUGCAUCAAUCACUUUGAGGAGCAGUACAUUGACAAAACGGGCAAAAGUGUGACACUUCGGGAAGAUGCGGUUCCCACCAUAUUUACACCGACUGACAACACACAGAAAAAGAAGGCUGCCAUUAACCCGAGACGUAAACGACACAAGCAACCUGGUGCUAAAAGCUCAGAGAAGGAUUUGGCUGCAUCUGCAACAUCAGCUCUCCCUGCAACAGACGACAGUGUCCGGGCCAAAGAACCCAGCCAGACAGACCAAGAGACAUCUGGAGAUCCCAAAACGUCAGAGAAAUGGAGGAUUAUAAUUGAUGAAGCACUGAUGAAGAUCGAUUCAUUUCCACACUUUUUUCAUGGAGAUUACUGUGUACCACAGAGUAUCCACUGGGCUCCAGAUAAUAAUUUCAGUCCUGAGCAUAAAGACAAUGAAAACAUUAUAGAGGUGAAGGAGCCAUGGGAGUGGCUUGCUCUGGAUGUCCGAGGACCGCUGCCUCAAACAGUAAACGGACACAAAUACAUUUUGACGGUGACCGACUUCUACUCCAAAUGGGUGGAAGCUGUGCCGAUGACAGCGUGCCUCCCUUCAGAUGUGGCAAAGAACGUCGUGGACAUCAUUGCGCACUUUGGAUAUCCACUGAGAAUCCUCUCUAGACUGCCUCUUGACAUAGUCCACAAAAUCAACCGAGAACUGAAAGAUCAGCUGAAGGUUGCUGUUGCUCUUGUGGUCUAUCAUCAGCAGACGGGCAUCGCAGAUAUGAUCACACCACAGCUGAUAGACAGGAUGGUGAACGAUCUAAUAGAGGAGCAUGCAGCUGACUGGGAUGUUUACCUGCCUGCCAAAGUGUUCAGUCUGUGCUUCAAAGAGCAUUCAGAGACCGAGGAGAGGCCUUUCUCAGUGCUCUGCUGUAAGGGAAUAGAGCCUGUUCAAUUCCCCAGAGAACUGGAUUUUCCACUUUCCAAGAUCCGAGAGAGUGCCUUUGUGGUUAGAUAGAAGUUUAUUCGUUUUAUUUUCAGGUCACUUUAAUUGGAAACAAACUGGAGCUGCUUUAGCAGCAAACCAGGGAAGAAGAACGUGUUCAGUCCUGGAGGUAUUCGUUCUGGUGGAAACCCUGAUGAAUGGACCGGGAUGUUCUAGUACUGAGUUCUGUGGAGAGGAUUUGUUGAUGAAGCUGUGCAUUUCGACAGCAUUUUCCACUUUGUCUGCGAUACACUGAGAUGCUCCACCUAUUUUUCAUUCGCAAGUAUUUUUGGAUGUAGUAUUUUAAUUCAGUUUUUUGCUGUAGCACUGCAGCAAAAUGUCUUGCUUAAAAUAUGUAGCAGCAUGUCUGCAGUGUUGAGACUGGAACAAGCUAAAUGUAGGUUAGGAAGGCGAGACAGUUUUCUGAGCCAUAGGAGACUGAUCAGUAUAGCAUUAUUAUUUUUAUGACUUCAAGCAGUUCAGCCACCUCCACUGGUAAGGUUUAGGCUGCUGAUCGUUGAUGUUUUCUGUUUGUAAAAAGGUAAAAGAUGCCAAUAAACUUUAUUUAAAUAUCAUUUUUAAUCAC